GAGGGUAGGUUUGUCUCCGGUUUUGAGGGUUGAAAGGCAAGUCUUGAGGUUGCGGAAGGCGUCUUGGUAAGUCUCGGAGCAUACCUCCACGCCCGGUGACUUCCUCAGCCUCUUGGCUGUAGUCCUCGCCAUUUUUGUUUGCAACAUCAACUGCCUGAUCGCGGAUUCUAAGGCUACAGAUGGCUUACUCACACCCUUCACCACAGAUCGACACAAAACCGGGUAGUCUGCCUUUCCGCACAGGUCUCCCAUAUUCGGAUCCAGAUUCAGACUCAGAAGCUCUCGCCCCUGCCCCUGCCCGCCCUCCCACAUACCCGCCAUGGCUACCAACAACAAGCAACCACACCAAAAAUGGCUUCGGAAACUCAUUCUUUUGAUUAUUUUAUUAUUAUUAUUUUUUAUCUUAAAAAGCAAAAGACAAGCUCAGUCCCUGCAAUCCGAGGCGUGAGUGCGUGUGUGUGUCUGCGCCUGGAUUCCAAGACACAGGGAGGUGGUAUUUCUUGAAUUGAAAAGAUGGGUUUGCAUUGUUGAUCACAGAACCGUAUUAUUAUAUACUGAAUUUGAUUGGUCUAAAACUGUAACAGAUAGUUUGGUUUCGUGAGUCUUACCCUUCAGUGUAGCGAUUGCUUGGCAUCCCAUGCGUUGCGUAUGCACUUCCUAUCCCAACCAACCGCUUCUGUAUGCACACACACAAAAGGAAGCUGCCAAUGAACACUGCAUCGCCACUUCUUCCCACAUAUGGCUUCUUCAUCAUUUUCAUCACCGCUCUUUUCUUGCUUCAGUCCACGUCCACACUGGCUAACCCCAGAUCCCAAACGGUGAACAUACUUUGUUCCACCGUGAUAGAGCAUAAUACAACGGCUUUUGUGCCAAACUUCGUUGCCACCAUGCAAAUAAUCAGCGAUCAAAUGCGAACUGGUGGUUUUGGAGUGGCACUGGCAGGGAAAGGGCCGGACGCCAACUACGGCCUCGCUCAAUGUUACGGAGAUUUGUCGCUGAUGGAUUGUGUGUUAUGUUAUGCCGAAGCUCGUACUGUCCUGCCUCAGUGCUUUCCUUUCAAUGGUGGCCGAAUUUUCCUGGAUGGCUGCUUCAUGAGGGCUGAGAACUACAGCUUUUAUAACGAAUACAAGGGGCCUCUGGACAGGGCUGUGUGCGGCAACACCUCCAUUACUACCAACUCCCUUUUUGGGCAGUCGGCCAGGCAGGCUGUGGGCCGAGCAGUUGACAUUGCACCCAACAAUGGAGGGUAUGCCAGAGUUGAAGUGCCUGUCCCUGGAACCUCCAAUCUCUCGGUCUACCUGUUGGCUCAGUGCUGGAAGAAUUUGAAACGCAGCUCCUGCACUUCCUGUUUGCAAAACGCCUCUGCUUCUAUCCUCAAAUGCUUGCCUCACUCCGAAGCAAGGGCCCUCAACACUGGCUGCUUCAUCAGAUACUCUAGCGUUGACUUCCUAAAUAGGGAAGCUCGAGCUGCAAGGUUCAGAGGUAACAUUAUAGCAAUUGUAAUCUCAGUGGUAAGCUCGAUUGCUGUUUUGGUCGCUGGUGUGGUGAUUGGAAUCUACAUCUGGAAUAACAGAUAUGUAAAGAUGAAACGAAAAGGUUCAAAUGAUGCAAACAAGAUGGUGAAAACACUCAACAAUAGCAGCUUGAAUUUCAAGUACUCUACCCUUGAAAAGUCAACAGAAUGUUUUGCUGAGGCUAACAUGCUUGGACAAGGAGGAUUUGGCACUGUUUAUAAGGGAGUUCUGUCGGACGGAAGAGAGAUAGCUGUGAAGAGGCUUUUCUUCAAUAACAAACAUAGAGCAGCAGACUUCUACAAUGAAGUGAACAUAAUUAGUAGUGUGGAGCACAAAAAUUUAGUAAGGUUGCUUGGCUGUAGUUGUUCUGGACCUGAAAGUCUGCUCGUCUAUGAAUUCCUUCCCAACAAGAGCCUCGACCGCUUCAUUUUUGAUCGAGACAGAGGCAGAUCACUCAAUUGGGAGAAGAGAUUUGAUAUUAUCGUGGGAACAGUUGAAGGUUUGGCUUACCUGCACGAGAACUCGAAAACCAAGAUCAUUCACCGAGACAUCAAGGCUAGUAACAUCUUGCUUGACUCAAAGUUCCGAGCUAAAAUUGCUGAUUUUGGAUUGGCUAGAUCCUUUGAAGAAGAUGUGAGCCACAUCAGCACUGCCAUUGCCGGAACCUUGGGGUAUAUGGCGCCAGAGUACUUGGCUCAUGGCCAGCUAACAGAAAAGGCUGAUGUCUACAGUUUUGGGGUGGUUUUGCUGGAGACCAUCACUGGGAUACAAAACAGUAGGAGCGAAACCUCGGACUACUUGGAAAGCAUAGUACUCAUUACAUGGAAGCAUUUUGAAUCGGGAACAGUGGAAGGGAUAUACGACCCGAACCUGAUGGUUGAUGAGAAGGAGGGAGGUGGGAGCAUAAAAGAGGAGAUAUUGAGAGUGGUGCACAUAGGACUUCUGUGCACUCAGGAGACUGCAUCACUGCGACCCACAAUGUCAAAGGUACUGCAGAUGCUGAUGAAGAAGGAAGACAAACUUCCAGCGCCGACCAACCCGCCUUUCAUGGACGAGAGGACAAUGGAACUGAACGACACCAGCGACGCCCCGUCCCAGUACAACGUCACGGAAGGUUCUUCCAUGGCUGCGAGCGUCACCCAUAGUUCAUUCCAUCCCAGAUAAUUGUAAUUGUAGUUGUAAUUGUAAAAACUGGAAAGGAAUUAGAGCUCGGUUCAUGAA